AUGGAACCUAGGACGUUGGACUUGUUGCAAUUUGUAAAGGAGAGGCCGACUGAAAAGCCAUUGUACAUUUGUGCCCCGAUGGUGCGGUAUAGCAAACAGCCCUUUCGAGAGCUUGUUCGAAGUUAUGGCGUCGACAUUGCUUAUACGCCAAUGAUGCUCGCCGAUGUGUUCGCCAGAUCAGAGUUCGCCAGACUGUCUGACUUUACAACCAAUAACAAGGAUUCGCCCGUUGUGGUGCAGUUUGCUGCCAAGGAUCCUGCUGAUCUAGCGGCUGCUGCUUCGCUGGUUGCUCCUUAUGUCGAUGGGAUUGAUCUGAAUUGUGGAUGCCCACAGAAAUGGGCAAUUGCCGAGAAAAUCGGAAGCUACUUGAUGGAGAAGCCUGACAUUGUUCGAGAUCUUAUACGAUCUGUGAAGAAUCUGCCUCUCAACAAACCAAUACCAAUGUCUAUUAAGAUUCGGUGUCAUCCUGAUUUGAAGCAGACUGUAGAGUUUGUCAAGAGGGCUGAACAGGCUGGUGUUGAUUGGAUUACUAUUCAUGGACGUACCAAGAAGCAAAAAAGUAGUGAGCCAGUCAAUAUGGAAGCAAUCAAACUGGCAAAGGAAAACGCCACAGUCCCCGUCUUCGCCAACGGAGACAUCUUCUCCCUAUCAGACGCUGAUGAAAUGGUCGCCCUGACAAAAGUAAACGGCGUGAUGGCAGCCAGAGGUCUCCUCGAAAACCCCGCGUUAUUCGCUGGCUACGAAACAACACCAUACGAAUGUCUCGAAAAAUUCGUCGACCUGUCUCUCAAAUACGGCACAAACAGUUUCAUCUUCCACAAUCAUGUUAAAUUCAUGCUGGAUCGAAUAACUAGUAGACAGGAAAAGAAGAGUUUGAAUUAUUUGAGCUCCACACCUGCUGUGCUGGAUUGGCUUGAUGAUCAGUAUGGGUUGAGGUUUAAGGCUGGUCGGACGAGUAUAUUGACUUGA